GCAUACGAUUUAUCCAGGGACUGUGAUGUGUACAAAAUGGCGGAGGAGGAAGUCGAUGAAGAUGAGGUCAACAGCUCAGAGAAACACCACAUUAUUUCCUUGGAGAGAUCCGGUCCGAGUCCAUCAGGAAGCUUAAGCGAUGCUGGAGCUAGUGACAUAAGCAGUGACGAUACCGUUACCUCCCCCCAUUUUGUGUACAGCCCCAAUGUUUCGCCGUCACCGCCACCCACACUCACCGUCGGUUACAGCUACGAAACUUUCUUCAUAACAGACGGCAGAUCCAGAAGAAGAAAGACUAACCAUCUCAACAAGAACCUUUCAUCGUCUGAAACAGACAGGCCGUCGCGUUACACCUGCGGGGAAUGUGGUAAACACUACGCCACCUCUUCCAACCUAUCCAGACACAAACAAACUCACAGAAGCCCGGAUUCGCAACAAGCCAAGAAAUGUGAAACGUGCGGGAAAGUGUACGUCAGCAUGCCCGCGCUGGCCAUGCACCUCCUCACACACAACCUGAGUCACAAGUGUGCGGUGUGUGGCAAGGCUUUCUCGAGGCCUUGGCUGUUACAGGGCCACAUGAGGUCACACACGGGCGAGAAGCCCUUUGGUUGCGUCCACUGUGGUAAAGCUUUUGCGGAUCGGUCGAAUCUGCGGGCGCACAUGCAAACCCACUCUGCUUUCAAACACUACUCGUGCGCUCGUUGCAACAAAACGUUCGCUCUGAAGUCUUACCUCAACAAGCAUCACGAAUCUUCCUGCUUCAAAGAAGGGGAAGAGAGCCCCCUCAUGUGUCCCCAUGUCUCCGAACAACUGAUGGAAAUCGGGACUUAGAUGCUUCUGUUUUCAAAAGCCCUCUCUCAGAAAAAUUGGUUCGAGGUUGGACCAUAAUACGGGGCAAAUUUGCUGCAAUAAGUGGAGAAAUCGAACCGCGUCAGUUACGACAACAUGAUUGAACUUGGUAGAUUUUUCAAAAAGUGCAGUAAAUUUGAUCACCAUUAUAGUUCAACACACUUCAAAACAGAUUCACUAGCAAUAAUAAUAAUAAUAGAUAUCAAUCAUAUUUCUAGCAACCAUAGAUGUUGAUAGAACUGUUUAUAUAGAAAUCUAUGACACAACGAAGUAACACAGUUAUUCCGUCAGGUUUUAUUUAGUGAGUCUUAUGGAAUUCUAUUUCAUAAAAGCUGUUUUUAAUAGAUAUUUUAUCAUAGACAUAAUUUUCUAAUGUGAUUUUCUAGAAAUAUCGCAUUAACACAUUUUACAGCGUGAACACAACAAGUAUAGUGUCAAAAAUUACGAACUAUCCAUUUCAUUUUGAAAAAACAUGAGCUGACUUGUUUACUUUCAUCAGCAAUGUUUUGUUGUUUUCUUUUGUUUAACGGUAUUUUAAUUAUUUUUUAAAUUAUGAGUCUCUCAGUUGCUUAAUGCGUCGCCAAAUCUCUUUGCAAGUUACAUAAUGUGCAUUAGCUUAUGCAUUUAUACCUCCCAAAAGUCAUUCAUUCCACUGAUGCGGCUUUUUUAGAGAUGUGCCUUAAAGUUUUUCGUACUUUGCUGCGUUAUUUCUUUUCCUUGUAAAUAAGUUGCAUACAAAGAGAAAAAUACAUCCAAGCGUUAGGUGAUAAUUGGUAAAACCGUAAGUUUUUCAAAGUAAUAUUUUAGAAUAUAACAACAAGUGUUAAGAAGCUUUGACAUAAACAUAUUUGGUUGAACUAACAGUGUAUGCUUCUCCUUAUAACAAAUGUCUAUUCCCUAGUGAUAAAAUAACAUUUCUCUUAAGUUUAGCAAAUAACUGCCUAAAAAUAGUAAAAACACAUUUUUACAUUUUAAUCUUUUGGGAGUCGGAAGGUAUAAUUAUUUGUAACAUAGAUAAAAUCUUUUCGUAGAAGGAUAAUGUAUACAAAAUCCAUAAAAUUAUAUUCUUGCACUAACCUUACCCGCUUUCCAAUGAAAAAGUAUUGAAUAAACGCGGAAUUAAUUUGAAAUAAUGUGGAUUGUAAAUAAACUUAAUCCAAAAAUAACUGAAUCGUUAAACUGAAGUUAAAUAUUUAACAACGAAGUUAACGAAUGGAAAAUAAUCAAAGCUUAUAUGUACAGUUAUUUAAACAAAUAAAGUAUGGACU